GUAAACGUUUAACUUGAGAUACAUCAGUGUAAUGUAGGACUUUUUUUCGCCCUAUUUGAUUCUUAUCAGUUUUAUUUGUCUGCUGUAACUUAAAUUGAGGGAUAUUGCAAUGUUUCAUACAUAUGGCAUUCGAAUUAUUCACAACGCUGUGCAUUAGUUUGGCUAGAUAUUUGAGGCAUGCCCAGCUUUAUAUUUUAUUUAAAAAUAUCUGCACUGUUUUGGGUAUUUAAUAUUCGACGAAGGUAACGGUGGCCUGCUUGAAUAUCUGGGCUACCUGUUUCUGCCAUCUAAUUAUUUCAACAAGUUAUCUGUUUUUUCAUUAAUCGCAUAGCCUAUGCGGGCGCUUUUAUGAAAAGCCUGCGACCUUUCGCUGCACAAGUUACAAAAUGUACUAUAAAAGACAUCGUGGUCGUUGGCAAUAUGCAUUAAAAAGAAUGAAAAUUAAUCAUAUGUCGAUUCUAGAGCUUCUAAAUUCUAACUGCCGAUCACUAAUCAACAAAGUGGACUAUCUGCGACUCUUACUAUGUCAAAAUAUGUAUCGUAAUUGUGAUGUCAUCGCAAUUCAAGAAUCUUGGUUAAAUAAUUUACAGGAUGACUGCCUAGAAUCACUACGUGAUUUCAAAAUUUAUCCUCAGGAUCGAUCAAACAAUAAAAAAAGGUGUGGGGGCGGUGUAGCUACGUUUGUAAACAUAACCUGGUGUCGAUCUUCGUUUGUGUGUUUUAAGUUUUCAAAUGACUUUAUUGACUGUAUAACUUUAAGAUGUCGCCCAAAACAUCUGAAUAAAUACAAAUAUGUUCAUGUUACUAAUAUCUACGUGACUCCAGACUGAACAUCAUCUGCUCUAUCUGGUUUCGCUGAUGAAUUCACUGAUUUCGCUGUUUCUGC